AUGAUCACAUCAUCCACUGCUCCGACAAAUCUUAACAACCAGAAAUAUGUUGGUACUGACGAUAUAGCAACCGAGGUUGAAUUAUCCAUUAGUUGUAACCAAUUACCGAAUCUUGAUGUCCUCUCCAAGAGUGAUCCUCAAGUUUUCGUCUUCUCGAAAGACGCCACCAAUCCAAUGGCUCCAUGGAUUGAAAUCGGUAGGACUGAGAUCAUUUGGGAUAAUUUAAAUCCAAAAUUCGUAACGACCUUUGUGAUGAAAUAUCGUUUUGAAACCAAUCAAUAUUUAAAAUUUGUGGUUGUUGACAUUGACAAUCAACACUCAAAACGACUCGAAGAUCAAGAACUAGUUGGUGAAAUGUAUUGUACACUUGCUGAAAUUGUUGGUAGCAAGGGAAGCCGUUUAAUGAAGCCACUCAUUCAUCCUCAACUUCAUAACACACGCAGAGGAUUUAUUGCGAUCAGAGCCGAAGAAGUUCAAAAGUCCAAUCAUGUCGUCACAUUCAAAAUUUCAGUUAAAAAUUUGGACUCUAAAAAUUGGUUCUUUGGAAAGUCAGAUCCAUUCCUUGUCAUCUCAAGAGGUGGUAUGGAAGAAGCUGAAUUUGCUCCUGUUUACAAAUCUGAAUAUUAUUUGAAAACUUUAAAUACAUCAUUCAGGCCAUUCCAAAUUUCAACACAAAAAUUGUGCAAUGGAGAUUUUCAACGACAGAUACGUCUUGAAGUCUAUGAUUGGAAUAGAAGUGGAAAUCAUGAGCUCAUUGGUUAUCAUCAAACCACAUUGGAUGAAUUGAUCAAACAGGGUAAUCAAAAGUCAUAUCUUUUAAUUCAUCCCGAAUUGAAAAAGAAAAAGAAGGGAUAUAUCGGAAGUGGAAAUAUUGUUAUUGACAGCAUCUCUGUUGAAAGGGCAUAUUCUUUCUUAGAUUAUGUGCGUGGAGGAUAUCAAAUCUCCUUAAUUGCUGCUAUCGACUUUACGGCUAGUAACGGUGACCCAAAUAAUAACCAAAGUUUGCAUUACAGAGCUGCCAACUAUCUCAACGAUUAUCAGAAAGCUAUUCUAAGCGUAGGAGACAUUCUUUCCUAUUAUGACAGUGACAAGAAAUAUCCAGUAUAUGGAUUUGGUGCUAAGAUUCCCCCUAGAUAUGAAGUUUCUCAUUGCUUUCCAGCCAACAUGAAUUGGAAUAAUCCUGAAGUUGAUGGAGUGCAAGGUAUUCUAAAUGCCUACAACUAUUCCAUGUCAACGGUUCAACUCUAUGGUCCGACUUAUUUUGCUCCGAUCAUCAACACUGCCGCUAGUUUUGCCAGAAGAGAUGCUGAGACAACUUAUUUUAUUCUUCUAAUUCUCACCGACGGAGAGAUUUGUGACAUGCCAGCCACGACGGACGCCAUUGUGGAGGCCUCGACUUUACCUCUUUCAAUUAUUAUUGUCGGUAUAGGAAAUGCCAACUUUGGAAACAUGGAUGUUCUGGAUGCUGAUGACUCUCCUCUCGUAUCCUCUCGUGGUGUUCGAAUGAGUCGAGACAUUGUACAAUUUGUUCCUUUCAACAACUUUAAGAAUGCACAUCCCUCUGUACUGGCUCAACAAGUUCUUCAAGAAGUUCCCAAUCAAUUCCUCUCCUACAUGAAAUAUCACAAUAUUCUUCCGAGAAAUCCAGUUCAAGUGGAAUCCUUUUAUGGAAUGCCCUCAAUGGCCCGAAUGAACAGCCAGAGCUCUAAUAAUCCAAAUGCAACCUCCUCGAGUGGAGCCUUUAAAUUUAACAAUGGACAAACAGAUUAUCAUCAACAACAGCAACAAUAUGCAGUCCCAUAUCCAAUCACAACAAAUUCAAUUCCACCUCAACAGCAACCACCUUAUCCAACCUCCUCUAUGCAACCAUUACCACAACAAUUUCCACCUCAACAACAACCUCUCCCUAAUAAUAGUGGUAUUAAGUAUGACAUUAAUGGAAUUCCGAAAUAUACUAUUUAA